AUGGCGCAGAACGCCGAGAGCCAGUUGGAGGGCCUGACGGAGAGGAACGGGCUGCUGUCGAGAGAGCUCGAGUCCCGCCGCCUGGGCACCCAAAAGGCCGCCGCCCGCAUCGAAUUCCUGGAAACGCAGCUCAGGUGCUUGAAGGUCCAACUGGGCCGCCCUCAUGCACAAGAAGCUGCUGCCGGAAGUCGCCAGGAAGGCGGAAGGAUUUCGGAGGCAGCUGGUGCUGCUUAA